AUGUCGGCCUACGCCCUUCUCCUGCUUGAGAACACAUAUCUUCCAGGCGUUCUCGCUGUCCGCAAGGCUCUCUCCGACACAAAAGCCCAAUUCCCAGUGGUUCUCCUCUAUUCGGCCAAAAACGUCAACAAAGACACAAUUGCCUUGUUUGCCGCCUCCAAGUUGUUUUCGGACCUCAUCAACAUCGACGACAACAUCCUCGUGUCCAAUUCCCCCCACACGCUGGAAUUCGUCCUCAACAGGCCCGACCUGGCAUACACGCUGUCCAAAAUCAACCUCUGGCGACUGGUGGAGUACUCAAAGCUUGUUUACCUCGACGCAGACACCCUGCCCUUGCAAAACCUAGACCACUUGUUUGCCCAGAACUUUGACGCCUCCCAGGUCAUGGCGGCGCCCGACUGCGGCUGGCCCGACCUGUUCAAUUCCGGGGUUAUGGUGCUGCAACCAAACAUGACUGUGUUUCAGGAAUUGAUGGACCUGUACGAGUCGACAGAGUCGUUCGACGGCGCCGACCAGGGCCUGCUGAACCACUACUUCAAUCCAGACCUGUACCACGGUGGCACCUCGCGCUGGCUGCGGCUGCCGUUCAUCUACAACUGCACGCUGAACUCGCACUACGAGUACUUCCCAGCUCUGCAACGCUAUUUCCAGGACAUCAAGGUGUUUCACUUCAUAGGCGACAAGAAGCCCUGGGACCGGAACUACGCCGCCCAGUUGCGCAAGGACCCUUCGCUGUUCAAGGUCGCAGACAACAAGAACGUUUAUGAACUCUGGCAUGAGGUGUAUGAGUCCAUUGAGAUAGACGGUCAUUCGCAGAAUGCAAUUCUGCAAAUUAGUGAGAAAGCUGAGCCAGGCCAUGUUGCCACUGUUGAGGCCGUUGAGGCCGUGGAGGCACCACAGCCACAGCCACCUGUUGUUCACCACCAAUACUACUACAAGGAGCCUGAAUCUGAGCCAGAAAAGUACGAGGAGAACCGCGGCGAGGCAUGGAAGCUGAACGAGUCGCGGGGCCCAAACAAAUGGGAGGACCCUAGCGAGUCGGAGGAGGAGAAGGAGGACACUAGAGAGCUGGACACUAAAGAACUGGUUCACUCGCUAUCGCAGCUGGACGUCGAGAGCCCGCAGGACGACUACGCCAGCACGCACCCGAUCUUCCCGUGGGAGAAGUCGGCCGCCAGACAGAAGCCUACACGGUCGUUUAGUGCGAGAACGUCGCUGCCGACGACGCUGACGAAAAUCCCGUUCACGGCCGCCUUUGACAACGGCUCAGAGCUAGAAAACUACAUUGCCAGCAGAGACCAGGCCGAGCGGCCCGAGACGCUGCAGGAGAUCAAGAAGGACGAACAGCUGGACGAGCAGGAGUCCCAAGAGCUGGAAAAAUUAGCACCUUAA